AUGAGUCUGAAUGAGAACAUGGAAAAGAGCGACACUGCAGCCUCUCCAGAACCCAGCUGGGUCUCUAUGAAAAGUAAUGCAUCUAUAGUUAUGCCUCCUAAUAUCAGUAAUGAAGCUGUCACCUCUGACCCCAGAUCGAAAAAUCACGAAUCCACAUCUCUAGAACCGAGCUGUGUGUCUGUGAAAAGUAAUGUAUCCUUACUUAACCCUCCUGAUCUCAGUGAUGGAGCAGUCACCUCUGACCUGAGUUGUGUUUAUUUUUUGUGCAUCAAUACUGAUUUGAUUCAACAGUUUAAGAAAAAUCUGGUCCAAAAUCAGUCCACAUGUGGAGUUUGUGAGCAGGUUCGGAGAGAUUCUGUCUCUAUUACCUGUGAACACAGUUUCUGCAAACAGUGCAUCAGUUUCUACUGGGAUCGGUUUAGACCAUCAGAAGACUUUGACUGUCCUCAAUGCAGAAAGAGAUCCAGAACACCUUUUGUUCUUCAAACAGUCAUUAAAGGAUCCAGUACUAUUGGUUUUGCUCAACUGCAGGAGGAGAAUGGACAUGUGCAGAAACCAGUAAAUGAUGAACUGCAAAGAGUCAAGGACCAACACAGAACCAGCCUUAAGAACAAGUAUGAGAGCUUCUUUGAAGGAAGCAAACUCAAAGAGAAUGAAACCCUCCUGAACAGGAUCUACACACAGCUCUACAUCAUAGAGGGAGAGAGUGAAGGAGUGAUUGAAGAACAUGAGGUUUUACAGAUAGAGAAAACAGCCAGAACAAAACACUCACAAGACACUCCAAUCUACUGCAAUGACAUCUUUAAAGCCUCACCUGAACCAGGACGUGAGGAGAAAGACCAAAUCAAGACUGUUCUUACUAAAGGCAUUGCUGGAAUCGGAAAAACUGUCUCUGUGCAGAAGUUCAUUCUGGACUGGGCCGAGGGGAAAGACAAUCAGGAUGUAGAUUUCAUGUUUGUGCUUCCAUUUCGAGAGCUGAACUUGAUCCAAGAUCAUCAGUACAGUCUUCACAGACUUCUGCUGGACUUUCAUCCUGAACUUCAAGAUCUGGACUCAAAGAUUUAUGAGGAGUGUAAAGUUGUUUUCAUCUUUGAUGGUCUGGAUGAAAGCAGAAUCACACUGAUGUUUUCAGAUGAUCAGAAAGUUUGUGAUGUGACUGAGACUUCAUCAGUGGGUGUGUUGAUGUCAAACCUCAUGAAAGGAGAGCUGCUUCCCUCUGCUCUCAUCUGGAUCACCUCCAGACCAGCAGCAGCCAAUCAGAUCCCCUCCAAAUACAUCAACCGUCUGACAGAAAUUCAGGGAUUCAAUGAGCCUCAGAAGGAGGAAUAUUUCAGGAAGAGAAUCAGUGACCAGCAUCAAGCCAGCAGAAUCAUCUCACACAUCAGAAGAGCAAGAAGCCUCCACAUCAUGUGCCACAUCCCCGUCUUCUGCUGGAUCUCAUCCACUGUGCUUCAGAAGUUCCUGAAAGAAGAUCUGAGUGCAGAAAUCCCUCAAACUCUGACUGAAAUGUACAUCCACUUCCUGCUGAUUCAGAUCAACAUGAGGAAUCAGAAGUAUGAAGAGAGAGAUCCAGAGAAACUCCUGCAGUCCAACAGAGAAGUGAUUGUGAAACUUGCUGAAGUGGCUUUCAAACAGCUGAUGAAGGGCAAUGUGAUGUUCUAUGAGGAGGACGUGAUUGAGAGCGGCAUAGACGUCACUGAUGCCUCAGUGUAUUCUGGGAUUUGCACUGAGAUCUUUAAGGAGGAAUCUGUGAUUCAUCAGUGGAAAGUCUACAGCUUCAUUCAUCUGAGCAUUCAGGAGUUUCUUGCUGCUUUCUAUGUGUUUUACUUUCACAUUUGCAGCAAUAGAGAAGCAUUAUUAGAUUCACUGCAUAAUUUUCAUAAAAGAGCAGUAGAUAAAGCCCUUGAGAGUGAGAAUGGUCAUCUGGAUCUGUUCCUGCGGUUCCUGCUGGGCGUCUCACUGGAGUCCAAUCAGAGACUAUUACAGGAUCUACUGACACACACAGAGAACAGCUCAGAGAGCAUCAGGAGAACCACACAGUACAUUAAAGAGAAGAUCAAAGAUGGACAUGGACUCUCCACUGAAAGAUCCAUCAAUCUGUUCCUCUGUCUGCUGGAAAUGAAAGAUCAGACUCUGUCCAGAGAGAUUCAGGAGUUUGUGAAAUCAGACAAACACAAAAAGAAAGAAUCAGAAAAGAAACUCUCUCCUGCUCGCUGCUCAACAAUUGCCUACAUGCUUCAGAUGUCAGAGGAGGUGCUGGAUGAGCUGGACCUCAAGAAAUACAACACAUCAGAUGAGUGUAGAAGAAGACUGAUACCAGCUGUGAUCAACUGCAGAAAAGCACUUCUUGCUGGAUGUAAUCUCACUGCUCAGGAUUUUGAAAUUGUGUCAUCAGCUCUACAAUCCUCAGACUCUUUUCUGAGAGAGCUGGAUCUGAGUAACAAUGACCUGCAUGAUUCAGGAGUGAAGCUGAUCUCUGAUGGACUGAAGAGUCCAAACUGUCAGCUGGAGAUAUUGAGGUUGUCUGGCUGUAUGGUGACAGAGGAAGGCUGUGGUUAUUUGUCUUCAGCUCUGAGUUCAAACCCCUCACACCUGAGAGAGCUGGAUCUGAGCUACAAUCACCCAGGACAAUCAGGAGUCCAGCUGCUCAAACACAAACUGGAGGAUCCAAACUAUAAACUGCAGAUACUCAAUCUGGAUCAUGGAGGGCCCAUCAGGAUAAUGCCAGGACUUCGAAAAUAUGCCUGUGAUCUUACACUGGAUCCAAACACAGCACACACUCAACUCAUCCUGUCUGAAGGAAACAGGAAGACCACAUAUGUGGAAGAUCAUCAGCCGUAUCCUGAUCAUCCAGACAGAUUUAUUCAGCAUGCUCAGGUUCUGUCUCAAGAGAGCCUGACUGGACGCUGUUACUGGGAGGCCGAAUGGGACACUUGGGCUCGUAUAGCAGUGCUCUAUAAAACAAUCAGCAGGAAGGAAGGACCUGUCUGUAGGUUUGGAUUCAAUGACAAAUCCUGGUGUCUUUUCUGUAAUAACAAUGGAUUUGCAGUCUGGCAUGACAACAAGUGCAGAAACAUGCCAACCUCUUUAGAUCUUUCUAAAAGAGUAGGAGUCUAUGUAGACGUUUCGGCUGGCACUCUGUCCUUCUACAGUGUCUCUGACACACACACACUCACACACUUGCACACAUUCAAUGCCACAUUCACUGAACCCCUCUAUGCUGGGAUUGGGGGUUUUGACUCAUCUGUGUCUCUGUGUCAGUUUUAACAACAGACAAGGCUUUCUAAUUAAAAAAAAAAACAAAAAAAAAAACAUCAACUGUGAUUUAAAGGACAGACAUGUCUUCAUGUGUCAUACUUUUGUACACUCUCAGAAAAAAAGGUGCAGUUCUGUCGCUGGGGCGGCGCCCUAAGGUACAACAGUGAAAAGGUACAUUUUUGUACCUUACCUAUCCCUAAUUGGUACAUAUUAGUACAUUAAAGGUACAUAUUAGUACUUUAAAAGUAUAUAUUCAUACCUUUUCAUUCUUGUACCUUGGGGUACUGCCCCAGCACCUAUUUCCACCCCUGAGCUGUACCUUUUUUCUGACAGUAUGAAUGUGCUAUCCUGGUCAUUAAAAAAAAAAAAAAAAAAAAA